UCAAUGACUAAAAACGAUGAAACGUCACUAUCAUCAUCGGCAUCAGCAUCGAGAGCUUCUGCUCCUCUACGGCCUACUAUAACGCUGCCCCCUCGUUCCUCCAUGGAAACUCUCUUUCCUGGAGGUCCCGGCUUCAGUCCCGGUCCCAUGACUCUCGUCUCUAAUUUUUUCUCCGACAACGACCCCGACUCCGACUGCCGCUCCUUCUCUCAGCUGCUCGCCGGCGCUAUGGCCUCGCCCGCAGCUUUUCCCGGCCCCAGGCCCAGUUUUUCCACCGACCCUCAGGUCUCCGCUUCUUCCAAGGAAGACAGGACUUCCGUUGAUGCCGCUGGUGAUUUUGAAUUUCGGUUCAAGCAGAACCGGCCCUCCGGUUUGGUGAUUGCUCAGUCCCCGUUGUUUACAGUUCCUCCCGGGUUAAGCCCGACCUGUUUGCUCGAUUCCCCAGGUUUCUUUUCGCAGGGACCAUUUGUAAUGUCCCAUCAGCAGGCCUUAGCUCAGGUUACCGCUCAGGCUGCACAAGCCCAUUCCCAUAUGCAACUCCAAGCCAAAUUUCCGUCUUCUUUAUCAGUGGCACCCGCUGCAUCAUUGACACAGUUUCCAUCCUUUGCUAGCAACACAAAAGCACAUGAGCAGAUGCCACCCUUAGUAUCAGAUACUAGAACUGCUGUGAAGGAAUCAUCUGGUUUAUCUCAAUCUGAUCAGAGAUCCCAACCUUCUUCAUUUACAGUUGAUAAGCCUGCUGAUGAUGGCUACAAUUGGCGGAAAUAUGGGCAGAAGCAAGUGAAGGGAAGUGAAUAUCCUCGAAGCUAUUACAAAUGUACACAUCCAAGUUGUCCUGUUAAAAAAAAGGUUGAACGUUCUCUUGAUGGCCAAGUAACAGAGAUUAUUUAUAAGGGCCAGCACAACCAUCAAGCACCACUACCCAACAAGCGUGCAAAAGAUACAGGAAAUCCUAAUGGAAAUUCAAAUUUUCAGGAGAAUCCUGAAUUAGCCUCCCAAAACCAGACUGGAAACUUGAACAAACCGAAAGAAGGGUUACCUGCAUAUUCACUGUCCAAGAAGGAUCAAGAAUCUAGUCAAGCCAUACCUGAACACUUACCUGGAUCAAGUGACAGUGAGGAAAUGGAUGAUGCUGAGACUAGAGGUGAUGAAAAGGGUGAAGAUGAACCUGACCCCAAAAGAAGGAAUACAGAGGUCAGGGUUUCAGAUCAGGUUUCCUCCCAUAGAACAGUCACAGAACCUAGGAUUAUUGUGCAGACAACCAGUGAAGUUGAUCUCUUGGAUGAUGGCUAUAGGUGGCGCAAGUAUGGGCAGAAAGUUGUCAAAGGAAAUCCUUAUCCAAGGAGCUACUAUAAAUGCACAAAUCCAGGAUGCAAUGUCCGUAAGCAUGUUGAGAGGGCAGCAACAGACCCGAAAGCCGUCAUAACAACAUAUGAAGGUAAACAUAAUCAUGAUGUGCCAGCAGCUAAAAGUAGUAGCCACAACACAGCCAACAGCAUUGCAUCACAAUAACCACAGAACGUGGUGGACAAGAAGCGGGCCUUUAUUGACAAUAAUGAUCAAUGUCCCAUAGGACGAUUACAGUUAAAAGAAGAGCAGAUAAUGUAAUCUCUUGGAGAUGCAAACUUGAAAAGAGACAAGGCGAUGUAGAAUAUCCAAAGAAAUGCCGCAAGUGAAUCUGGUGGAAAUGCAAGUUAUCUUUGGUUGAAUCUGUUUUUCAUACCUGGGGGCCAUAGUUUUUAUGAAGGCUUGUUCCCCAGCUGGUAAAACACAAACAAAAGAGGAAACAUAAAAAGGCAGAAUGAUAGAGAGAAUUAAAUUGAAACCUAAAAUGCUGUCAGAAAUAGAUCUUCAGGAAUUGAAUUGAACAGUAAUUAUUGUUAUAUGUAAACUGGUUUAUUGGGGGCAAAUUGUAUUUGACAUUAUUGUUCUUCUCUGCAUUCUUUUGUACAUGUGAAUAUGAAGUAAUGUUAUUCCAUAUGGUUGUUUAGCGCUGCA